AUGACCUUGCGCACCCCGCGGCGUCGCAUCUCGCCCCGCACCAAGCGCAGGUACCGCGCCAUACGUGAGUUCUUCCGACGGGCGCUAGGUACCACAUCGCAACCGGAUAUUAAAAUAAGUUCCAGUAUAGCUCUAAACGUCACAGAUCUAAAACGAAAAAUAGUAGGACUAGAACAACAAUUAGACGAAGUAAACAAGCAGUGUAAGGACAUUGCCUGCCUUGACUGCUCUAUUAGGGAGUCCGACGUCUACUUCCAGCAAAACACACCGCACGAGAGGGAGUCUAAUAGCUACAUCCCCCUUGACGUGAAACGCGAGAUAGAUACCAUCAAUGAACAAACUGAAUCUUCUUAUGACAGAAAGUUGAAUGGCAUCGAAACAAAAUUCAUAUACAAAUCUUCAGAGGGCAACUAUAAAUACGAAGACAGCGAAUACCAUCAGAAACCCCACGAUGUGAUCGAUUCAAACGCAACUCAGGAUAUGGUAGACGAGUUUGAGGGACAUAUUUCGAAAGUCAAAAAUAAAAAGAGUAAAUUACCCAAGGCAGCUGAAUACGGCGCUAAAUUACACAAACAUAGAACAAGAUCUGUUUACGAGAACAUUGCUUCUCCUAACACUACCAGUAGUUUUCACUCGCUUGCAGACCCCCGAAUGAAUCACACAAGUACAAAUCCUGGUUACUCCGGUCACCCCCCGGACAAAAAUUAUUACAUAAAUGAAUAUGCGGGGCCGGAGCCUCCAUCUCUCCACAAGGAAAAAAAAUACAGAGAAAAUGUGAAAAAAAAUAAAGUUGAUUUAUACAAAGAAGCUUAUGAUCAAAAACCCAGCAAAAUUCGUAAGCAAAAACAUCAUAAUAGAGAACUUGAUCAAGAUUUUAUUGCUGAUAUAAUUAGAAGACAAUAUAAGCCUGUGACAAUGUUUGGCAAGCGGGAAUCUGAGAUCAGUCAGAUCUCAGCUCCCGUCUGCCGUGACCAAGAAUAUCCAAUUCGUGAUGAGAUACAAGAGGGCACUGAAUUAUGUUCAUGUUGUUACGACGACAAAAAGCACAAGUUAAGACAAUGCGAACUCGGUGAAAUGAGAAGUAUUUGCGAUACUCGACUGUACAGCUCUAAAAAGCGUCCCCGCAGAAAGCAUCGUAGGGUUCACGUAGAUAUGUUUAAUAACUCUGAUCUUUAUGACCUGAUUCCUGUCAAAGAAAAAUCUAGCCCAAAGUCGCGAAGAAAGUUUACUGAUGACAAUAUGAUAGCAUAUGAAUAUUAUAGGGAAGUUCCUCCAUCACCCAGGACACAAAGACCUCGACUAAAUCUGAAAGCACAGUGUAAUGCAGAUUUUCAAGAUUGCAUGGCACAAGUCAAAAAUUCGUGUAGGAAAGGAUCACCGCAUAGGCAAAGGCGACAACAAGUACUUGUGGAACCUGAGAGCGAUAUAACCACGGAACCAGUUGUAGCGGUCAAAGAACCACGCAAAAUCCACAAACAUAUGAAAUGCCAGGUCGAGAAAGAAGAAUUAUGCCAACAGGAAAACUGCACUAUGAGCAGUUUACAAUAUCCAAUGUAUGGAAAUGAACAAGCUAAUAUUACAGUGGAUACAUCAUUCAAUAAAACACAAGAAACUGAAAUACCUGUUGAUAAAACUGACAAAGCUUUGUGUGAAAUAAAAGACAUACUUCAAAGUUUUUUGCACGAAAUUAAGAAGGAAACAGUAGCAUCUCAAUGCGAUAAAUCUGAGGUUACUUCGAAGACUGAUGAUAAUUGCAUUAAUAUUUUGAAUGAACAUAGUGCCAAAUUCAAUAGCUCCGUAAUGCCAAAUAGUAGGCAAAGCGCGAAUUAUAACGCAGGUUGCAACGCACCACCUGCUUUUAUGACACCAUUUCAAAAUCCUUGUUGCUAUCCUGUGAUGCCAGUGUGUCCCUGUCCUAUGCCCAUGCAGAGCAGCUAUAUGAUGCCUAGCCAAAGCUACACGUGUACGAAUUGUGCUAAUGCUACAAAAGAGCCCACUCAUACAGAACAUUGCUGUAAUAAGAACGUGACGACAACCGGGACAUGUCAUACAGACACGUGCCAUACUGACACGUACCAUACAGAAACCGAUGAGCUUAUUAAAGAAAUUUACAAAUUUGUGGCGCAAAAGCCAGCUAGGAAGAAAAAAUGUGAAAGCAGUGUUGAUGAACAUGAAGCUAGAAAAGCCGAAGCUAAAAUGUUAACGUCAAGAAGUGUAGGUGAAAAUUCCAAGCUUGCUAAACAUGAUGCUAAAGUGGGAACAGCCCCGCUUAAGUGUUAUUCGAAGAGUUGUGAAGCUAUAGGAUCUAGAAUUAGUACCGACCCAUACACUACCGGUACCACUAAUGUUAGUUUUUCGGACACUAUUUUGGAAAAACUUAGUUUAGAAGUAACACAGUCUUCAUCAGACACUGAGAUGGAAACUGAAAUUAAUAUAGAAAAGUCAAAAAGAAAUAAAUUUUCUAAAGUUCUGCAAUCUAUCAAUCUUUUCAAGAGGAAGAAGAAAAAAGAUGUUAUCGAAGAACUUAGCGAGAGUGAAAGUGCAAUAGAUGUUGAUUUGCAAGGAAAGUUACCGUACAGACAAGAAAUAACAAAUUAUAUGAUGCAAGGCCAGGAGUACUAUCAACCACCCAUGACACCAAAUUAUCAGAGACCUCAUGAAUAUCAACCCGAUUAUCACCCACCGUACAACCCUGGACUACAGGAGUACCCACCGCCGCCGCCGAUGCACGACACCUACGCAUCGAGACCGCAUCCCUCACGGAUGCAGGAACAAGCCACUGCUCCCCCCUUUAACCUGAAACAUCGGCCUACAGCUCCACCUUAUCAGAGCGCAUAUGAAAAUCAUUACGCCCAAAUGCAACAACCACAAGUACCUCUCUGUUUAAGAGAAAUAGAAGUGAAGAGUAUUGGCACACAGAGUGAAAGGAAGAUGUCAUUCUUCCGAAAAAUCAAAAACAAAAUCCAGCAGCCGCUAUCACCAGAAGAGGACUACCAGAAGACUUGUUCUACGCAGACGCAGGCGACUACGAGCAAGUCAACGCCACCAAAGGGGUUUUUCAACUGGAAGAACCUACAGGCUAAAGCGAUGAUGGAGCGCAAUAAUUUGAAUUCUGAUCCGAUGCAAUUUGCUUUCAAAAAACAAAAAGAGUUGGCUGAGGGUGAUCAAAAGUUGAGGAAUGCAAUGUUAAAGAAGUUAUUCAAUAAAAGGAAUCCAUUCUCUCCGAGGAACCUCAUAGUGCGGACGUUGUUAGGUAAAGACAAGUCGAGUUUCGGCGAAACACCCACUAUGAUGAGACCACGAUUGUUCUUAUAA